AUGGAGUUCCCACGCCUUAUGGCGUUCGAAGUCGUCCGCCAGGGCUCCCUGCUCGUGCUGCUCGAGAGACUCGGCGUGGUUCUUUACCCAGGCACAUUCGAAUACGACGUUUUCAUCCAGUGCGUCGGAAGCCUUGUUAGCGUUUCGCUGUCCGAUGCCUCAAUCCGCGCCGUCAAGGGCAGCAGAUUUAUUAUAACUCCUUUACACUUGAGCUUAGAUCUACCACAGAACAAGAGCAUUCCAAGGCAGCGUGCUACCAAGAAGCACGCUGUCAAUGCAAUCCGCCCUCACGAACGACAACGGAAGCUCCGACGAAAGCGAGUUGGGCACGAUCACUCUCCAGUCGAGUACUGCCGAAACCAGCGUCGGGGCAUGCUCUCCUCCAACCAGCGCAACCAACUCUCUACCAGGUGUGAGCUCCUUCGCAAACGCACCAUCCGACCUUCUCCUAACCAUGCCUGGUCCACGCCCGUGGAGGCAAGCUCCUCGAUGGACCAGCAGACCCGACACCUACAGAACAUGAUCCUUAAGCAAGAGUCGGAGCUAUGCCAGCUCAGAGCUGAACUAUCUCGCCAAGGCCGGGCUAUUGACCUGAUGUCCGAGAAGCUAAAUCACACUACCUUCCAGGUCCAUUGCACGACCGAGAAAGUGAAUCGCAUAACGGAGCAGCUGGGCCACACAACCGAACAGCUGAACCGCAUGGCUGUGCAACUGAAUCGCACCAAUAACAAGGUCACACACCUCUUCGACGAUAUCACCGACCUUUAUGGGCACCUAUCUCCCCAAGGGGAACUGAUGCACCAGGCAAUGGAUGAAAUGUCUCAGAUUCGCUCGCGGUCUGCCGCUCUCCGCAAUCAAGCAUCUGAGGAUACACAAGCUCGUGCUCUUUUGGCCGGAAAUAACGCUUCCCUCCGCGACUGGGCUGCUUCCGUCAUGCCUCGCAGAUGGUCUCAUACGUCUACCGAAGACAGUCUUUACUGGCCUUACCCUCCAUCGAACCAUGGACAUUCAUCUAUGUUCUGGUAA